GUCAGCUGUGCACAAGCACAGAUGAGGGACUUAGUGCGUCGGACGCUGAGUCUCCCCCACAGCUCUCACAGGGAAAUACAAACUCCUGACAAAACUCCUGAGUCCUCGCUCUCUGUUGGGUUUCCUGGAAUUUGACCUGAAAACUACCAUUGAAGACACUUUUUGUUCUUCCCAAGAAGCUGAAAUUUAUUAUGGAAAGAAAUGCUUCAUUCAAGGUGCACAACAGGAAAGAGCUUAGUACACGUUCUUGGGUCUGGAGCUUCCUCUUUCCCUGAACGACACAUGCAGGACGUUCCAGUUUCACCCCUUCAAUGAGCAAAGCAGCUUCACGUCCAAACCAGCUGCCCAGCAAAAACAAGCAAUAAUCCUCCAAGAUGGCAGUGACUUCACUCUAUGUUACUGAGGAGCCCGGAGCUGGCUUAACCGAAGUGGACACAUGCACGCUUGAGAUUAAUUUGAAUUAUGAAGUCAUCCCAUCUAUUGUCUGCUCUGUUUGCCUUUCGUUCGGCCUCAUCUACUGCUUCUUUGGAUAUCGCUGCUUCAGGAUGGUCAUGUUCUUCUCAGGCUUCAUGCUUGGCUCAGCAGCUGUGCUCCUGUUGUACCACAAAGAGCCUGUGCUGAACAUCCAGCUGGGGACAGAGACGAAGGCGGGCAUCGGUCUGGGUGUGGGGGUGCUGUGUGGCCUGAUGACCAUGCUGGUGUCCACGAUGGGACUCCUGGUCAGCGGCCUCCAGCUGGGCAGCCUGCUCUCCCUCUCCAUCCUGGUGAUCAUCGGACAGUCUCACAGCCUUACUCCGGUUUGGGUGCCUCUCAGUGUUGUACUGGCUGCCAGCAUCACCACUGCUGUCUUCACACUGCAGUGGCAGAAACUCUUCAGCAUCAUCUACGCCUCAGUGUUUGGGGCGACCACAGUGAUGCUGUGUGUGGACUACCUGGUGGGGACGUUCGUGCUGCCCGAUCAGGUGUACGAUAUGUUUUGUGAAGUUGCCCCACGACGGCUCUGCUGGUUUAACUGGGCGAUCAGUGGGAUCUGUCCUGUCCUGAGUGUCAUCGGUGUACUGGUGCAGUGGUGGUUUACUGCUAAAGGAGUCUCACACAGAGAAGCUGAACAUAAAAAACACAAGAAACAUGGCAAGAAGCACAAAUACAGAGAGUCCAGGGGAAGACCUCAACCACACCGUCGUCGCAGGCCUCCGCCCCUAAAGCGUUACGCUGGAGACGUCCUGGCACCGAGUUACCUCCAGAGCCUUCAGGAGCGUCAGAUGGGAACCGGCUCCUCCACCAGCAGCGUCAGCACUAUCACACACACUCUAAUUGACUUUGACUUCGAGACUGGCUCCAUGGUGCCUCUGACUGCGGCCUCCCCUGCCUUUGCAGUCUGAACGAACACAAGUGACUCUAAACUGCCCGUAUCUGAGGAAUCUACCGCAACAUACUGAUAAUUAAAUAUUCUGUACAUCCCCACUUCUGGAUUGAAUCCUCUUCGCCUGGAUGAUCAUCAACAUGCACACAGCGUGAUCUGAGAUGCUACGAGUUCAUCCCUUGAAUGAUGACACGACAAAUUAAUGCAACAUCCACAGUCAUCAGGCUCAUGAUCAUCACAUCCUUUGAACAAUUUAUCUCACAGACAGUUUAUGUUUUAUAGAUGAGCUGCUUUGUUUUGCACAAGCAUAACAACCUUUUACCCUUCAAAUACUUCUGUAUGCUCCUGGAGACUGUCCAUGUGGAUACAAACAGAUCCCAAAAAACUGUCUAGGUUUGUCUGAAAAUAGAAUGUUAUGGUUCUAAACAAUAUUUUCAUACAAGUACAUGCAUUAAAAUUAAAGAUAUCCCUCUGAAAUGUGUAACUCUGGACAAAAAACAAACAAUAAAAUAUUGAUUUGAUUGCAGCAGUACA